CAUUUCCGUUUAUAAAUCCAGGUUGUCAGCCCCGUCAAAGUUUCUCCCAAUUCUCAGCUCGUUUUUCUCUGGAAAAGCUUUCUCUCGUUUUUGGAUUAGUUUCUCUCAUUUUCCAUCUUUCUCCGAGUUCAGGAAGGUUUACAUGGGGAAGAUUAAGUGCUUCAAGGAUGAGUACACUUUCGAGGAACGUCUGAAGGAGUCACAGAGUAUCGCGGCAAAAUAUCCGGAUCGAGUACCUGUAGUAAUUGAGAAGUAUUCUAGAACAGACCUGCCUGAAUUGGACAAGAAGAAAUAUUUGGUUCCUCGAGACAUGUCUAUUGGGCAAUUCAUACACAUAUUGAGUAGCAGGCUACAUUUGCCUCCUGGGAAGGCAUUGUUUAUAUUUGUCAAGAACACAUUACCUCAGACUGCAAAUCUCAUGGAUGCCGUCUACAAGGCUUACAAGGAUGAUGACGGAUUUCUCUACAUGUGUUACAGCAGUGAGAAAACAUUUGGCUAGUUUAGUUGCCUGAUCGGUCAUCCUUGUUGUAAGUAUUUGAAUUCAAUUUGGUAAAUAAAGCGAACUCUUAUGACUUGACAAACUA